AUGUUAAGCACACAUCUUCUCCUCCCGCUGGCCCUCCUCAUCCCCCUCGCAACCUCCCAAGACGACUACACCACCUCGCUAAACUUCAAACUAAUCACCUACCUCAAAACCACCACCGACCUCACCCCCAGCAUCAACAACUACGCCUUAAACUACAACAAAAAAACCACCCUCGCCCUCCUCACGCCCCGCAAGAGAAAUAAACCAGAAACGUCCUAUUACAUCAACGGUACCUACUUCGACUCAUUCCACAGCAUCGCCACUCUCUGGACCGACGACUCCAAACACGCCAUCAACAUAGCCAACGAAACGACCCGCGACGCGCAAGGUCGCCGGAUUGUGUAUUUCUCGAAGACGGGCCAGAAAGGCUGGGUUGAGACGACGCCGGCGGGUUGUGCGGAUGUGAUUGUGAGCGCGGAGUGUGUGGUUGAUGGGACGAUCCAUCCGCUUGCUACGCCGGCGUAUUGUUGUCGGGAUGUUGCUGUGAGCCAUUGUUCGGCGAGUGGACCGGUGCCGCCGCCUACUUAG